CAGAAGUUAGCGCUGGUUGGUGUAAUUCGAGACUGGCCAUUGUUAGUGGAUGGCGAGGGGAUGGGGGAUUGCACAAGAGAAAGGACGAACUGAGAUCAUCCCGAUUCGAUUGCAACUGAACUUUUCUUCUUCUUUUUCUCUCCUUUUUUUCUCCCUUCCUUUGCUCCUCUAAGAAUUCAUUUCUUUUCGAUUGCUAUCAUCACCAAGUAAACAAACCCGCAAAAUGUCCACCCAAGGUCUCUCCCGCGCCUUUGCGCGCUCCACCCCCAGAAUCCCCACGAUUUCAAGGGUUCCCCGCCAAUUGCGACCCCACAGCACUUACACGGCUUCGACCACCUCCUCCAUCACAACACCACGGCGCCCAUCACCAUUCUCACGACACCAGACAACCGUGACUCCCAUUGCUGUCCAACGCCGCAAUGCCUCCCACAACAAACACCCCUCGGGCUUCACUCCCCCCUCCCCCACCGACCUCUCCGAGCUCCGCGAGCGCGUCCAAGAAUUCGUCCGGCGCUCUCUCCCCGAGACCCUCGCCGCCGAAACCGACAAAUCCAACGCCUUCCCUUCUCACAUGUGGCAAGCCCUGGGCGACGCCGGUCUUUUGGGAAUCACAGCCGACGAAGCCUACGGCGGCCUGUCGAUGGGGUACCAAGCGCACUGCAUCGUGAUGGAGGAACUCUCCCGCGCUUCGGGUUCCAUUGCCCUUUCGUAUGCCGCGCAUUCACAGCUUUGUGUCAACCAGUUGAGUUUGAACGGAAACGCUGAGCAAAAGGAGAAGUACCUGCCUGGAUUGAUUUCCGGAGAAAAGGUCGGUGCGUUGGCGAUGAGUGAGAGCGGGAGUGGCAGUGAUGUUGUCAGCAUGCGGACGACGGCCAAGAAGGUGGAUGGGGGUUACGUGUUGAAUGGAAGCAAGAUGUGGAUCACCAAUGGCCCGGAUGCGGACGUGAUUGUGGUGUAUGCCAAGACGGAGCCGGAUGCUGGAAGCAAGGGAAUCACGGCUUUCAUCGUUGAGACGAAGAAGGACGGGCAGAAGGCGGAAGGGUUCGAGUGCUUGAGGAAGCUGGACAAGAUGGGCAUGCGCGGGUCGAACACCGGUGAGUUGGUGUUUGAGAAUGUGUUUGUGCCCGAGGAGAAUGUGCUGGGCAAGGUCAAUGGGGGCGUGAAGGUGUUGAUGGAGGGCUUGGAUCUGGAGAGGCUGGUGCUGAGCGCGGGACCCCUGGGUCUGAUGCAGGCGGCGCUGGACGUUGCCUUGCCGUAUGCUCACUCGAGGAAGCAGUUCGGUACCCCGAUUGCUCAGUUUCAGCUGUUGCAGGGCAAGUUGGCGGAUAUGUAUACCAAGUUGCAGGCGUCGAGGGCGUACACGUACGCGACGGCCAAGACGGUUGAUGAGCAAGGGAUUAUCAGGACGCAGGACUGUGCUGGUGCUAUCUUGUAUGCGGCGGAGAGGGCGACGGAGGUCGCUCUUGAUGCUAUUCAGAUCUUGGGUGGCAUGGGCUACAUGGAGGAGAUGCCGGUGUCGAGGAUCAUGAGGGAUGCCAAGUUGUAUGAGAUUGGCGCGGGCACUUCGGAAGUGAGGAGGAUGGUUAUUGGAAGGGCUUUCAACAAGGAGUAUGCCCACUUGGCCAAGAACUAGACUGUAUCUAGGAGAUUAUCAUUAGACCGGCAAUGACAUUGGAUACCUCUA